UGGGGGGUGUGGCUGCCCGGUGAGAUUGAGGGGAAGAGAGGAGAGGGACCCGGGGAAGAAAAAAAAAAACGCAACAUCACGGACGCUCACUCAAGGCAAAGCCGCUCGACAUAUUCGGAACGUCCACCGUCAAGAUCAAGACCCCCUUAUCAUUGCCUCAACAUGGAGGGCAAAUUCGAUGACGAGUUUCAAGUGGCCGCCGACUGGCUGAUGUCCAAGACGUCCUCCCGGCCCACCGUGGGCAUCGUGUGCGGUUCGGGUUUGGGCGGCCUGGCCGAAAUACUCAAGGAGCGGCAGGUCUUCAAGUACGCGGACAUCCCCAACUUCCCGCGAAGCACAGUGCAUGGUCACGCCGGUCAACUGGUUUUUGGAACGGUAAAGGGAAGGGCAUGCGUUUGCAUGCAGGGCAGGUUCCACCUGUAUGAAGGAUACCCUGUGCAGAAGGUGGCGCUGCCCAUGCGCGUAUUGAAGCUGCUCGGCGUGGAGACGGUGAUUCUGACCAACGCGGCCGGCGGCCUCAACCAGGACUACAAGGUGGGCGACGUCAUGAUCAUCAAAGACCACAUCAACAUGCCGGGCUUCGCCGGAGUCAACCCGCUGGUGGGACCCAACCACGAAAGGUUCGGUGUGCGCUUCCCCUGCAUGUCUGACGCCUACGACCGCGAGCUGCGCAAGUUAGCGCACGACGUGGCGGCUGAGCUGGACUUCGGCGACUUUGUGCGGGAGGGGGUCUACUGCGUCCUGGGGGGGCCCUCCUUCGAGACCGUCGCCGAGUGCCGCAUGAUGCACCAGCUCGGGGCCGACGCUGUGGGCAUGAGCACGGUGCAUGAGGUGAUCACGGUGCGCCACGCCGGCAUGCGCUGCCUGGCCAUGUCGCUCAUCACCAACCGGGCAGUCAUGGACUACGAGAGCCAGGCCAAGGCCAACCACGAGGAGGUCCUGGAGACGGGCCGCCAGCGGGCCGCGCAGCUGGAGCACCUGGUCAGCACGCUGGUGGGCCGGCUGGAGCUGUGCCACAACAAGUCGUCGUGAAGACACACCUUUUUUGGCUUCUAAAUAUCCAUUUGGAGUAGAUUUCUAUAUACCAAAAAAAAAACGUAUCCAGGUGAACAUUUCCAUUAGUCCCAACAAAGUGGCUAAGUAGCAUCCACUGGGAAUUCAACCACCAAUGCCAGUAGCACUUAAGAAUGUGAAAUUUAAGAGCAAUGUCUAUAAUGAGUAGACCCUCAAAAAAAAAAACAAUUCUCAAGAACCCAUCCCUGAAAAGGCACAAGCAUCGUGCCAGUUUGCUUUGAAACGAACAUCAUAAAAGACAACACACUAACUCAACCAUAACUAUUCUUUGAAAAUUCAGCCCCAAUUCAAGUUUCCCUUAGCAAUAUGAAAUUUGGUAGACAUGUCUGUCAUUGGUAGACAACAAAAUAAUCUAAAAAGCACACACAACACAGGAAGUCUUGCAAUUUUGGUUGAUUUUGGCCAUUUCCAUGAGUACCUCAAAAACAAGCCCAUUAGGAAAUGUUGUCCCAUUACUAAUAAUUAGUAAUACUAAGUGGGUUUUUGUCAUUGCGUGUGACCAGAGAAUGUCGGCAAAGGUUGCUAUUGCUUAGCAUACAGGAUUACUCCACACACACUGCUGUUGGUGACAAUCAAUACUCCAGAGUAAUGCUCUCCUUCCUGCUGUGUAAUGGUUCUUGAAAUGCUCAUACAGUACUUACAAGCACUCACUCCAUAAAGCGAUUCAACCGGAUGAAGUUUUUUUUUUUUUUUUUUGCUUUUUUUUGGGUGGGGGGGAAGUAGAAGUGUGGACCAAAACUGGGAAUAAAGUUUCACAGUCUUAACUGCUGACCUGGUUGAUAAACUACCUUUGCAAUAAAGUAACUUGUUAGGGU